AUUAACUGCAACGUACUGCCUUAGCUGUUCAAACCUAUCCCGCGACAACCAUCACUUGCAGCUGCUGCUCGCGCUUCCUCCCGCGCUGCCCAAAUUUCGCCCCUGUACAAAUGCAAGUGAUGCGCGCCUUGCCGUCUUCUAGGUGCGCCCACGCACCGCUCCAGCGACAGCACGCAACGCGAGCGUUGGGUGCGCAGCAGUGGCGGGCGCGGGUGCUGACCCACUCCGCGCGCGCGGACACCGUGCCCGUAUGGGAGACGCUGGUGACGGUCAGCAACGACGGCACGCAGAGCAGUGACGAGCAGCAGGAGCUCGUUGACACGCUGUGGAGCCUUCAGUACCGGACGCCAGGCGCCUGCUGCGCAAGCGCGGGGCCGGUGGUGCAAUCCGUGAUGGCGCGCGACAGCGACAUGGCGCCACGGGCCGCGGUAUACUACCGCUUCUCAUCCCAGGCGCAGGCCGAGCGCUUCGUGGCGGGGCCGGCGUUCGCAGACGCCAAGGCCCGGCUGCUAGGCAGCGCCGCGGUUUCUCUGUCUCUGUGGAAGGUAAUGGUUCCGAACGACAUGGAAGCGCUGUUCAAGCGCGGCCCUGCCUUUGACGUCGGUGUUGACCUGGUUCUCAUGCUUGAGCCCGCGGCAGCGGUGUCGCCUGCGGCAGCGGAGGCCGCUGUCGCAGCGGCGGAGGGCUCGGCGGCGCCGGCUGCGGCCGCGGUGCCCAUGGACGUGGUGGUAGACGUGGUGGGGCGCAUGCAGCGCGCCGCGCUGGCGCUGAGCGCGGUGCAAGUGUCGUGCGGACAGGACGUGAUGGCGCUGGACAGCCGGUUCGUAUGGAUGGGCCGCUUCCCGCAGGAGGAGGCGGCGCAGCGGUUCCUGCGUAGCCCUGUGGUGCAGGAGCUUGUUGCAGCAGCUGCUGCGGCAUCGCCAGACGCCUCAAAGCCAGCACUGGCGCUCACCAGUGCCGCCAUAAUUGAGGUCGGGGCUGUGGACCAAUCGAAGCAAGGCCGGGUAUAAGCAGCGCCGUGUAGUCGGUAGCGGCUUGGGAGUGUGACGUGUACGAAUGGAUGCGGGAGUAGCAACUUGGAAACUCGAUGCAUGGCGUUGUUUUAGUUAUGAUAGCUUGCAUGCAGUCAGUGGCUGGGAGUUCAGGACAUAAUGGAAGAGUGGGCUUUAUUCAUCGGCUACUUCAAGGUGCCUUCGCAGCUGUGCAGAUUUCACGUACGCAUGGCCCCGGAACGGGCCAAGGCGCUAGGGGGCUUGUCAGUUAGGCAGCAACCCGUAGCAACGCUGUCCAGAAUACAUUCGGGGCGUUAAGCCCUCUUGCCGGUUGAAGCCGUCCCAUGUAGAAGUAUGGAAUGAGCGUUCGGGUAGCCUUUUCGGCCUGUGCUUCCCUGGCCGUAUGCGCUGCAGCUUGGAGGGCUAGCCAGUUAUGGCAAUUGUGCUUUGUGGUCGGUUAAAAGCUCACUGUUCGCACCCUUUGUGUAAUGCUUUCCAUAC